AGCAAAGUUGCGAGAGUCUAAUGGAAAUUGCAACAUUGAGGUGGUUCCUGUAUAGUUUUCUUGCACUCCUUGUCCAAGCUCAAGAUCAAUCGGGCUUUCUUAGCCUAGAUUGUGGCUUACCAGCAAAUUCAUCCAGCUACAGUGAACCCUACACAAAAAUUAAGUAUGUAUCAGAUGCAGGAUAUAUAAACACCGGUCAAACUGGAAGCAUAUCGCCAAUAUACAAGGAUAAGUAUCAACAACAACUCUUGUAUCUCAGAUUCUUUCCUCGUGAAACCAGAAAUUGUUACAAUAUAAGCAUCGUCAGAGGCACCAGAUAUUUGAUUCGAGCAACUUUCAUAUACGGGAAUUAUGAUGGUUUCAAUAACUCUCCUAGAUUUUAUCUGUACUUGGAAGAUACCCUAUGGACAACGGUGGAUGGUAGCUUCUUUACAGAGAUCAUGCAUAUGUCUUCCACAAAUAAAUUGCAAAUCUGUCUUCUCAACAUUGGCCACGGAAUACCAUUCAUCUCAGCAUUAGAAUUUAGACAACUUCCUAAUGUCACUUACCCAACUGCAUCUGGAUCCUUGUACCUUUAUUAUCGGUCGGAUAUGGGGUUAACAAGAGAUGAUCAAUACAGGUUCCCUUACGAUGUUUAUGAUCGAAUUUGGGAACGGUACAAUGGUGAUGACUAUGCACAAUUAAGUACCUCAGACACUGUAGAUGCUAAUGGUCACAAUAACUACCAUCCAGCGGCCAUCGUCAUGGAAACUGCAGCAACUCCAAAAAAAGGGAGGUACCUUAAUUUCUCAUGGGACUCAAAUUAUGAAAGUGACCAAUUUUAUGUAUAUUUGCACUUUGCUGAACUUGAAAAGCUUCAGACCAACCAAUCCAGAGGAUUUAACAUCACUUAUAAUGGGGAUUAUUGGUAUGGACCUAUUAUUCCCGAUUACUUAAGCACAACAACAAUUUAUACUAUCGAACCAUCUGAAAUGUCAUCGUUACAACAUCAACUUUCACUAUUCCCAAUAGAAAAUUCAACUCUUCCUCCAAUCAUCAACGGUUUGGAAAUUUAUCUUGUGAUGGAGAUCUCGGAAUUAGAAUCAAACAAGGAAGAUGUGGAUGCAAUCAGUAAUGUUCGGUCAACUUAUGGAGUAAUCAAAAACUGGGAAGGAGACCCAUGCGUGCCAAGAGGAUAUCCAUGGAGUGGUUUGAAUUGUAGUUCUGAUUCAGUUCCCAGAAUCAUAUCACUGGACUUGUCUUCAAGCGGAUUGAAGGGUGAGAUAUCUCCACACAUAAUCAGUCUAGAAAUGUUACAAACAUUGGAUUUAUCAAACAAUUACUUGACAGGAGAAGUACCGGAUUUUCUGUCCCAGUUGCAACACCUCCAAAUCCUAAACUUAGAGAAUAACAAUCUCACAGGCUCUCUUCCACCUGAGCUUAUCAAAAGAAAGAAGGACGGUUCACUUACAUUAAGCAUACAAGGCAAUCCAGAUUUAAAUCAAUGUAUUUUAGAGUCAUGCCCAAAUGAGAAACCAGUGAAGAAGAAAAGCAACAAAAAUCUCAUUAUUCCAAUCGUAGCAUCAGUUGGUGGAUUUCUCGCCAUCCUCAUAAUUGCAGCGAUUAUCUAUUGGAUUACUAUAUCAAAUAAGAAACGAGGUAAAGAUGUUGCUUUGGUASUGGACCGUACAGAGACCAACACUCAUUUAGGCAGUUCCUUAGAGACAAGGAGACAACAGUUUACUUAUGAUGACGUUGUGAGGAUGACCAACAAUUUUGAGAGAAUUCUCGGUAAGGGAGGUUUUGGGAUGGUGUACUAUGGAGUUCUAGAUGACAUUCAAGUGGCUGUGAAGAUGAUUACUCGGUCAGCAGUACAAGGCUACCAUCAGUUUCAAGCAGAGGUUACAAUUCUUAUGCGAGUUCACCACAAGAACUUAACAACCCUUGUAGGGUAUAUGAAUGAUGGAGGUCACCUUGGCCUCAUUUAUGAGUUCAUGGCAAACGGAAAUCUAGCACAGCAUCUUUCUGAGAAAAGGUCAAGCAUCUUAAGUUGGGAAGACAGACUUCAAAUCGCAAUAGAUGCAGCUCAAGGACUGGAGUAUCUGCAUCACGGUUGUAAGCCACUAAUAGUCCACAGAGAUGUGAAAACAACAAACAUUUUAUUGACAGAAAAUCUCCAAGCCAAACUUUCUGAUUUUGGUCUGUCCAAGAGCUACCCAACAGAUGACAAGUCUUACAUGACCACCGUUGUUGUUGGCACUCCGGGUUACGUUGAUCCAGAGUACUACACAUCAAACAGGCUAACUGAAAAAAGCGAUGUGUAUGGUUUUGGCAUUUCCCUGAUGGAAAUUAUUAGUUGCAGACCAGUAAUUUCGAACACCCAAGAUCGAAAUACAGCUUACAUAGCCAAAUGGUUCCGCGCCAUGGUUGCCCAAGGAGAUAUCAAGAACUUAGUUGACCCCAGAUUAAAAGGAGUGUAUGAAACUAACUCUGUAUGGAAAGUGGUGGAAGUAGCAUUGGCUUGCGUAACAGCAGACUCCGCUGGAAGGCCAACCAUGAGUCAAGUAGUGGCGGAGCUGAAGGAUUGCUUGGCCAUGGAGUUGAGUCAGAGGUCGGACAGCCGCCCACUGGAUUCGAAAGAAUCGAUCGAAAUGAUGUCCAUUAAUAUGGGUAUGAACAUUAAUUACUCCAGUCCCAUGGCAAGGUGAAGUAAUUCUACGAAAUGAGUGUAAAAGUGUGAAUCAAGAUUUGCUUCUACGUCUAUGGCUUCGGAUUUUUCUGGUUUGAACUUUCGAUUUCCCUUUCAAGUAUUUGAAAUCGAUACUUCAUCAAUCAAAUCGCUAAAGAUAAUGAAAUUCAGAACAAAAACAUGAUAUACAAGAUUGAUGUAAUCACUGAAAUCGAGUUUGCAAUCUAGCAUACAGUGUGCAAUUAUAUUAAUGUAUUCUGCAAUUGCGAUUUUGGAACAAUUAAACAACAAGAAACAUAAAGAUUUUUGUGAACGACCUGAUGA